UGUCGAAAUAAAGUACGGAAUAAAGUGCCGUAGUGUGAUAAUGCGCGGUCGUGUUCUAAAAGCGGUUAAUCGGCGCGCGCGGUAACGCGAGUGGACCUGGGUAGACCGCCGUUUGUGUGCCGAACGUUGCCGUGUGUCCGUCGUGUGUCCGCUCAUUCGAAAUCAUGCGUUUGACACGUUCCGUCAAUAACAUAAUCGGUUAAUCGUCGUGUGCACACCUUUACAUCAUUUUCUCGCUACACCGCGCGACGCUGUGCAAUCGGGUAUUAAAAGUGUCGGCCGGCCGCGUCGGACGGACGAAUUAAUUCAGAAAUGCCGACAAAAUACCGUGUAAACAUUUUUACGAAUGCAAGACGAAGAAACUUGAAAGGAGAAGGAGAAAGUCUAAGAGGCAUCGUAUGUCGAUGGGACAAUUAUGGAUUUCUCGGCAAACCCAGAGAUCGAGCAAUUGUUGUCCACUGAAGCACGUGACAACACACCAAACACAUGUGUAAGACAGCCGGACGAGCGGUUGUCCAUGAACGAGUUGUAUCUGCAAGGUGAUGUUUCGUCAUCAAGACUAUCGCUUCAGGGCAAAUCCACGACACUAAAAAAUAACACAGACAUAGGUGAAAGCUCGAGCGAUACGACUACCGUGACAACACCGUCUUCGAUUAUCGUAAACAAUAGUAGUAAUGACGAUCCACCACCUUAUGUCGAGAUUCCUCCGCCUUACAGUGCGAUCACGCCACCAAAUCACAUCGGUUGGCCAUAUGGACUUUUUUCAUUCGGAAAUUCGUAUUCCAUGGACGAAACGACUCAUAGGAUGGAAAUACCAUUGACACCUUUCCAAGCUUGUCUGACACCGGCCACGGGAUUCCAUUCCGAAGGGAAUAACGGUCAAUACCCGUACUCAAUGCCCUUAACGCCUUACCGGUUCUUCAAGUUUGAUUGUGGUAGAAAUUCUUUUGUACCGAGAGAUACAACGGACAACGAGAUCGCAGAGAAGAACGACGAUAAAAAAUCCCGAAAAUUUAGUACCAUCCUUGUGGCAGCGGCGGUCAUCAUUUUCCUCAUGGUUUUGUCUUUGAUGGUUCGGUUCAUCAUGGAAAAGAGUUGGUGGCGAAGAUAGCUCGUUGAUUGUUACUGCAAAAACGUUUGAUGACAAAAGUUCUAUAAUUUAUAAAAGAUUAUUAAUUAACAAAUUUAUAAUUAGAAUUUUUAUUAAUCUAGCAUAAUUUAUUUUAGCAGGACGCAUUCCAAGAUUGUACUUGUACUUUUUUUGAAGAAAUGUUUUUUUCCGUCUCUUUUUCUAAACUUUUCUCUUCUAAGUCUGUUAUUAAUUUUAAAAAAGUACAUAGAUAUUUACUGUCAUUGUUGAUUAACUUCCUUAUCUUUAAUUCUAUAUGCAUAGAUUUUUAAUUGUUUUGUUUUUUUAGAUAAUUUAAUGACUGAAUUCAAUAGCAUUUAUAUUAUGUGUCAUUAAUUUAUAUGCGAUAUAUGUUUUAUACUUAAGGUACAAUAUUAGUUUUAAUAUGUAUUUAAUAAGUAAUUGUGUAACAAGCAACAAACAUUUUUUUACUGACAUUGAUAAUGAUGUUAGAACAGAAGCUGGAAACAGAUUAUCACGAUUAAUUUAGCAUUAUACAAAAUAGUUUAAAAUUAGUGCAUUUGUUAUCUCUUACGCAGUAGUAUGGUUUAUUACCAAAAUAAAAUACACAAAUAUAUAUCAUAAAUUGAACCAUAACUUGUUACAUAUGUCAUUUGUAUUGUGAUAAUUUCACGCUUAUUAUAAUAUAUAAUAAAUAAAUAAUGCAUUUUGAUACUUAUAUACGAGAAAUGGUUAUUUCUUUAAAUUGAAAUAUUUAGAAAUAUUUAAUAGAUUUUUAUCUGCAAUAACAAUAUCUAUGUUAAACUGAGAAAUGGCUGUCAAAUUUUAUCAUUUUAAUUAAAAAUUAAGUACUUUCGUA